GUAUUACAACGGUCCAUAUCGACUGCAGAACUGCAGGCAUGCAAUUACGAAUAUUUUUACUGCUUCUAACACUACUAUGUGUUACCUCGUCCCAAGUUGUUCAGUACAAAAUAACGUACUCGAUAUCGAAAGCUGGUAAUGCGGGCUCGGAAGACUCACAAUACGUUAAAAUUACUGGAUCCGAAGGAGAGACUGAGGAACAGGAGUGUUUAUCAAAGUUGGCUGAAUCAGCCGACUUUGAUAACAAAGGUGAUGAUGUAGAGUGCUAUAUUGAGAGUGAUAUCAACAUCGGAGAUUACGGAUGUGUAUAUUUGAGGACUGGUGGUGAUAAUGGAUUGGAUCUUACUAAGGUAAAAGUGGAGAUUGACGGGACAGAAGUUCACACGAUUUUGCCUAAAGGAGGUGCAGAUUUUGGUCUAGACGAUUAUGAAACAAAAGUGUUUUGCAAAGUUGGAUCAAGCAGUACAGUUGAGGUAUGCGAGCAUAAAAUUGCUCCUGUGUCGAUUGAUUGCGGUGAAGGGCUAAUAGAGGUGAAGCAGGCGGUGUACGGCGUGCACCGCAACGAUAACACGUGUGGAGUAAAGCUGGCCAGUGGAGCUCGAAAAUGUGCCUCUGCAACUUCACUUCAUGAGGUGCAAGAGAAAUGCAACGGAGAAAGCUCCUGCGCACUGGAAGCUAAGAACAGUAUAUUUGGAGAUCCUUGCCACGGACAACCUAAAUACCUCACAGUUACUUGGAAUUGCAACUCUCUAAUUGGAGAAGAGGGACCACAAGGAAAGCCAGGAGUGACAGGAGAAAAUGGAAUGGUAGGAGAACAAGGAGAUCAAGGGGCUCAAGGAACCAAUGACUUCUGUUCAUUUGAUAUCUGCUCGUCUGAAGGAGAACCUGGUGAACCUGGUUUCGGUGGUUUUGACGGGGAGAAGGGAGCAACUGGGAAUGAAGGAGAAACAGGAGAAAAUGGAGAGAUGGGAUUGCCUGGUAGUGAUGGAGAGUCUGGACUUCCUGGAGCACCAGGACUGAAAGGCGCAUGGGGAAGGGACGGAUCCAAAGGUUUGCCAGGAUUAAAUGCAGGACAGUAUUGUAAACCAGCGAGCUGUGGUCUAAAGUUGGGACACUGUUUCGGGACGAGCAGUGCUACCCUCACAGUCCAGUGUAGAGAGGGGUACGGAGCAGCUUCUAUCUGGAAGAACACCAGGUUUUGGGGUCUUAAGUGCUGCAAAAUUGUUGUUAAAUAACGAGAUGCGAAUCUGAAGGGCUAAGUUACGUUUUAAAGGUAAUGGUUGUACUGUGUAUAUUACCUUAUAUGCUUUUAAGCGACCUUCCUGGGUUUAUAUAACUUUAAUUAAAUUAUGAAUAUAGAUAAUGAUAUUACACUUUUCUUUGAUAUUUCGGAUUUUUCUGGAACAAUUUUAUAUCAGUAUAUAAUCAACAUCUUUAUCGUCCAAUGACUUAUUAAACAAAAUAUUUAAAAUGUC